UAUCGUCAACUAUCAUCAAGCAAUAAACGACAGUCGAACGAAAGAACUUAAAAGAAUGAUAAUUUCGUCAAAUAAUAAGGAAUAAAUACCAAUCCAGAAGAGCAGGAUGGAAGCGUCUGUUUCCCAGCAAAUGAGUCACCCUGAUGAAGGCCAGCAUCUUCAGACAGGUUUCACCACGGCAGACGGCACCACACCGUACAGCUACGACCCCGAGUUCCAGUCACCAGCUGUUGGAGGGAAUGGCUACCCAGCUAGCUUCCCCCAGUACUCUGCGGAGCCACCUCCAUCAUCCUUCCAGCAGGACAGCGGCUGGCUGGGAGCUAGUGGACUGGGGUAUAACAGCGAGGAAGAUGCCUGGUCACAGAGUGAUGAUAUAUCUUUGGUUGGACCCGAAGAGAGCCUUCUUGAUGAAAAUGGUACCAAGCAGUCGCCAACUCAGAAGUUCUCAAGAGAUGACAAGUUAAGGAUGCUAGCCCUCAGACGUCACUUAGAUAACCUUGACGGACAGCUCCUAGAUCAAGAGAACAUAGUCGAUACUACCAGGGAGGAACUUCAGAAGUGUCGGACGAGCAUUGAAGCGCUGACCUUGGAGCGUGACCACGUGAUGAUCCAGCUGGACAUAUGUCAGAGAGAGGGUCACUCGGCCAACAUGUACCGACUUGAGAGCAAGUUAGGCAAACUGGCUAAAGAGCUAGAAGCAGAAGGCAUGUUAGAAGCACAGAUCGUGGAUAGAUUGGAUAUAGCAGAGUUACACCUGUCCCAGUUUGAUCUUGAUCGAGGCAAGUACCUUCUGGAAGAAGAAGAGCUUCAAAAGAAGGAAGCCGAUCUGGAAUUGGAGAGGAAGGGCAACGCAGCUAGGCGAGCACAGAAGGAAAGCAAGUAUCUAUCCCAGGCAGAACAGAGGCGUAAGAUAAGAGACAGGGAUCAUAUAGAGGCCUUGAUGGAACAUGAUCGGAAACACCGUGAGGCAUUGAGCGCUGCCAAGAAGAGCCAAGAAGUCGCUUCACAAUACCUCAAACAGUCUCUGGCAAAGUAUCGUCAGGAGGAGGCUGAUGAAUUAGUAAAAGAAAAAGCUCAUGCCGAAAAAAGAAUGGGAACUCUGCUCAAGCUCAAGCAAGAUAUCAACUCCAACAGGGAUAAUCUGAAAGCUUUGCAGGCGCGCAAUCGUUAUGAAGCUAAACUGGAUAGGAAAGAAUCUGAGCAGGUGAGAGAACAACUGAUUGAAGGAGGAGAGAACUCUGCCGAGGUCAUGCUAACAAAGAAUAGGAUUGAUGAAAGAGAAAACAAUAAAAAGAAGUAUAAAGCGGACCAACACCAGAAGCAAGCUCAGCUUCUCUCACACAUCCUGAACGAAGAGAAACAGAUGAGGAAACGGCAGAAGAUGUAUCCCCACCUCUAUGAAGACCCUAAGCGGGAGAAGUCGUUGAGGGUGAAGCCACACAAACGCAAGUCUCCCACCAUCCUCAGAGAGAUGGCCUAUCCCGAGGAUAAUUAUCAGGACGAAGUGGAUGAUGCUGGAGAAGGAGAAACUGAGGGGGGCAGAGAAGGAGCCAUUACUAUCACAGAGAAGAUGACCCUAGAUUCAUCAGAUGAAGAGGAAGAGGAUUUCUUGUACGGAGGAUCUUCUGGUGUUACCAUGGCGAUGGGUACAGUGGAGGAUCCAAUCAAGGAGGAUCUAGCAAAGCCUGAGUUUGAAGGAUUGUGGAAUAAACAACACAAGGCAUACAAGAUCCCUAAGGAUGAAGGGCAGAUCUAUACCCUGAACUACCCUAGUAAGAUGGAGAAAGAGAUCAUGGCUGCAGCACUGGAUAAACAUCGCUCAGGCAUCGUGAGGAAACAGAUUGCUGCUGGCAGGGAAUUCAAAGGGUGCGCCUUCGUCAGUAAGCCCGAGAUCGUCCACUUCAAGGAUUUUGAUGUUGGUAAAUCGUACAAGAAGCGUAUCAUCCUGACCAAUAUCUCCUACAGUGUUAACUUCUUGAAGUAUGUCGAUCUAUCAGAGCACCUUAAAGACUUCAUUGAUGUCCAAUUUGAUCCACCCGGUCAGAUGUCAGCUGGUAUGAGCUGUGAAAUGCUUGUCACAUACAAACCAAUGAUUAAUGAAGACCUUGAUGGAGAGGUUCAGUUCUUAGCCCAGACUGGUCCUUUCUGUGUUCCUGUCAAGUGCUGUACCAAGAAAUGUGAUCUUUCCAGCGAUGUUGACUCCGUGAACUUUGGCACCCAAGUGGUAGGAGAGACGCUGAAGAAGACGAUCACUCUCUUCAAUAAGGGAGCUAAGGGAUGUAACUAUGAGUUCAUCAAGACAACAGGUCUGAAAGCAAGGACAGUAACAUCAGCAGGCACAUCACUUGGAAGACUGACCACGGCUGAAGAGACAUUAGUGGAGAUAGAAGUGACUGAACCGACACCAAAGAAAGGAAAGAAAGGCAAAGGCAAAAAGAAGGAUGAUGAGAAAGCCAAAGCAAGAGCUAAAUCUAAAUCAGAGACGCCAGUAGGUGAUGCAGUCCCAAGUACAUCACCUAGGAAAGAAGACAAGAAAGAUGAGGAAGAGAAGAGAGAGGAAGGAGAAGGAGGAGAGAUGUUAGAUAUUGUUAAUGAGGAUGACGAAGCACUCCAAGACAGACAUGCAUUGUCAGGCCGUAGCAAGAAAUCUGUCGUCAUUGCUAGAGAGUAUGACGACGAUGAUGUUAUCUCUUUAGAUGAUGAUGACGACCUGGGACCGGGAGGACUAGAUGGGAUGAGGGUUGGUGAGGUGUGUGGGGGCGAGAUUGGACCCUUCUCCUCCAUCAAGUUGGAAAUCAUCUUUGCUCCACACACCCCAGGCAAAGUGGAUGUGGAUUUUGAGUUAAGAUUUACAGAUGAAGACUCAGAGACAAUCCACAUCAAAGGCUAUGCCACAGCGAUAGAUGUCCCUGUAUGGGUGGAGAGACAAACAAUAGACCUCAAGAUCUGCAUGUUUGAUCGUCUUUACCAAGACGCCAUCGUGGUGAACAACCGAGCCACCACGGCUCUGCGUCUGCUGUUCGAGGUGCAGAAAGAGCUGAGGAACUACAUGGAGAUCCUGCCCAAGACGGCUUACAUCCAGGCACAGUCGCAGUUCUCAGCUCAGCUCAAGUUUAUACCCAGACAUGGUCUUAUCAAGGAUGCUGCACAGUUCUUUGAUGAGGAGACUGGUGUCCUUGAAGUCCCUACGAUCAUCAAGGUCGCUGAUCAGACUCGUCCAGUUCCAUUCACCAUCAGUGCAGUAGUGACCAAGUCUGAAUUUGAGUUUGAUGUGGAAUCCAUCGACUUUGGUUACUGUACCAUCUACGAAUCUGUCAUCGCCACCGUCAAGCUCACCAACACUUCUGUUCUGUCACAGAAAUUCGGAUUUGUCAAUUUACCAGAUUUCAUCGAUGUGCAGCCCAACGAGGGCUUUGGAACUCUGCUACCGUUUGAGACGAUUGAACUGGACAUCAUCUUCAGUGCUCGGAAGGCCAAGGAAUACAGCUUUGACUUGACAUGCAAGUCGGGCAUUAACAGAGACUUUAAGAUCUCCUGCAAAGGUGUCGGAGUACACCCUCCUCUCGACCUCUCCCACUCCGUGGUCCACUUUGCCGCUACCGCUCUAGAGGAUAACUCCAUCACGUCUCUCUACAUCCUGAACACCCACACCAACGCCAAUGAGUUCACCCAUCCUGUACCUCGCAUUGGUAAGGGGGAGAUAGCCCCUGUAGGACCCACAUCCUUUGAGUUCGUCGUACCCAAAGGAGCCCCUAUUGCCAUUGCUCCCUCUGUGGGCACCCUCCAGCCUGGAAAGAAAACCUGCAUCUCUGUGAAGUUCAGUCCGAACCUAGGAGAUGAUGAGAUCAGAGAAGAAGCUGUGAGGUUGGUUGCAAGGAAUCAAGAAGCUAAAGCUAGAAAGGAGUUUGAAGAAGCUCAGCUAGCUGCCAAGAGGAAUGCUGCUGAAGCCGCUGAGGAGGAGGAAAAGAAGGGUAAGAAGCCUGCCAAGAAACCUGCCCAGAAGUCUGCAGGAAAGAACAAGCAAGGCAAGGGUAGCGCUGGUCUCACAAGACCGAAGUCAGUAGCCCCACCCAAGGCAGAGGAACUAGACCCGAUGUCUGAUGAUUAUGCAGCAGGAAAGGCCUCGUUGUUGAGACAGUUUGAAGGUGAUUUCAGCAGCUAUUCUAUCCCAUGCUAUGUGGCUUCAGGAGAGCCUGGGGAUCCAGGGACACUACCCUAUGAUGUCCAUAACACAUUGUUCUUGGAGGUCCAUGGCCCCACUGUACGUCCAUCCCUUGUGGUCAUCUCAAACCAUGGCCGUAGUGCAGUGGACUUCAGCGAAGUGUCCGUUGGUCAGAGGGUCAUCAAGUCUAUCACAAUUCAGAAUGUGUCUCCAGAGGCUGUAGAUCUCACAUCAUCUGUCCUGGAUACCGGAGGACCAUUCUUGAUGUUGAAUGCUCUGCGUAGUCUAGCUCCAGAUGAAACACAUACCAUACUCGUUGCCUUUGAACCUAUGAAAGCGAAUUUGUUCUAUGAAGUGCUGGAUGUCAAGUCGGGAGAACACACUCUUGGUAUCACCCUGAAAGGUCAUGGUCUGCUGCCAGAGGUCAAGCUCUCUCUGGCCGAUGACCAGCUGGACAUGGGAUAUGUCAUAGCAGGAGAGGAAGCAGAGGAGACGUUCAAGCUGGAGAACAUGUCAUCGUUUGCCAUUGACUACCGCAUCCUGCUGGAUAGUCUGUCCUAUCACAAGCAGCUAAGCCAGGGUGAGCUUCCUGCAUUCAUCAAGAGAGACACUACGAACAUGGUAGGACCGGCUAACUACGAUGGAAGGAGUGUCUUUGAUUGUACUCCCUCUGAUGGCACACUUCAGCCAGGCAAGAAGGUUGAGAUUCGAGUGCUGUUUCGACCUGACCAUGCGAGCAACCUCUACUCUGAUAUGGCUCGUGUACAGCUCUUUGGGAAGCAGGAGGCGCAUGCUAUCCGGCUAAAGGGCGUGGCUAAGACCAAGGUCAUGUUUAUGGAGGGUCACGAUGAGAUCUACCCCACUGUGGAAUCCCUCACUCUCCUUCCUGCACCUGAAGAAGAAGAGGUGGUAGACCCUAAGGCUGUGCCUCCUGCAAUCCUGACCUUACUGAGUUUCAAGGCUUUGAGUGUAGAGAAGGAGAUCAACCCAUCCACCAGACAGCUACACAUUGGGUGUAUCAGGAGUACAGCAGCUAGUCAGAAGAAGAAUGGAGAAUUCUUCUUUGACAACGCAGCAGCUCUAAGCAUACAAGGUUUCCAGGUAGAGCCUCAGAGAGGCAUGGUAGAUGCAGGGAGCACAAAGCCUGUUACAUUCACAUGGAAUCCACCCAAAGGGCAUGACCCUAAUCUCCCAAUUGAAAGCAGCAUCAUACUCAACCUCAAAGGGGAUGUCCUGGAAAGAUACAACAUUCUCCUAAGAGCUUUGGUGGUUUCAGAGUGAUCCCAUUCUUCAGUUAACAAGAAAAUGAGUGAUUCAAGUUGGGUGUUAGUGUUAGUGUUUAGAGCAAUCAAGAGCUCUUAAAUCAAGCUAAAAAUUUGCUGAUGAAAUUAAGAUACCGAUAUCAAUAUCGA